AUGCCGACAACGCUACUCAUAGCGGCGGCAUCCUUCUACAAGCGACGAGACGUGGCACCGCUGCCGCCACCGCCACCGCCGCCGCCGCCGUCCGUAAGCGACGUGCACCUCUUCAUAGUGAUCGUCACGUCGGCAGUCCUGCUGCUGCCUGCACUGCUCGUCGUUCGAGCUCACCUCACGACGAUGCCUAUGCCGCACCUGAGGUUUCGGACGUUGCUGGUUGGGCACAUCCUCGACGGGCGCCUAAACAUCAACGAGCGCCACCGUUUCUACGCUCGCCAGCACGCAUUGUUGGGCUCCGCCUUCCGGCUCCUCGGCUUCUUUGGGAAGUCGGGUGCGGUGUAUGUCAAAGACGUGCCCGGCUGGUAUCGCAAGGCCGACUCAGACCGCUCCGCCUUUGCCGCCGUGGCGCCCAGGUCGUUGCUGGCACUGCCGAUGGGCCCAGACUGGGCCAUGCAGCGCAGGCUGGUCGCCCCUCUCUUCUCGACCUCCUCGAUCGACUCGUUCCUCCCGCUCGUGCACGCCAAGAGUCUCGAGCUGUGCGAGCUGUGGCGCACGCGCGCGUCCUGUGAGCACGAAGUGCCCGAGCAGGACGUACACGAGACGCUGAGCAGCUGGUCGCUCGACAUCUUUGGCCAUGUGGCGUGUGCGCACGACUUCGGCGCCCUUGCGUCGGCUCGCGAGGAGCGCCAGAGCCCGUACGCCGCCGCCGCCAAGGUCAUUCUGCAGGAGCUCACUCGUCGCUUCCUCCUGGGCAAGCUCGCGCCGCUGCAGCGUGCGAAGACGCGCGCCUUCAAGGGUGCGUUGCAGCUCUAUCGCUCGACGGCGGAGGCCAUCCUGCAGCGAGCGGCGGCGGGGAGCAGCGAGGCGUCGGGCAGCCUGGCGGCGAAGCUCGCCAAGUGUGCCGAGAGCGGGGGCUCGGCGCUCACGCCGUCCGCAGUCGCCGACGAGAUGACCGGGCUGCUGCUCGCGGGGCACGAGACGUCGAGCAACACGGCGACCUGGGCGCUGCAUCUGCUCGCCACUCACCCGCGCGAGCAGGAGCAGGUUCGCGCCGAAGUGGCCGCCCUCGACCUGCGCCGCGCCAGCCUCGCCGACCUCUACAAGUGCUCGCUGCUUCAGGGCGUCAUGUUCGAGGCGCUGCGGCUGCGCCCGACGGUGCCGCUCGUGCCGCGGCUCGCUCCGUCACGCGCGACCAUCCACGGCUACUCGGUGGCAAAGGGCACGCGCAUCGUGCAGAACAAGAUCGCGAUCUGUGAGGACGCGUCCCUCUUCCCCGAGCCGGCGCGCUUCGACCCGAGCCGCUUCGGCCGCGGCGAGUACGGUGCGCACGGCGCCACCAUCGUCGCCUUCGGCGUAGGACCGCGCCUCUGCGUCGGCUACCGGCUGGCAGAGGCGCAGGUGCUCUCACUGCUCGCGCACGUGCUGCGCGACUUCAGCCUGUCGGCCGGCAGCACCGAGCCCAAGGAGGCCCUGAACGUGACGCUCCAGCCGCUCGACGGCUUGCUCCUGCGGCUCACGCCGCUUUCGGCUCCGAAAGCGGCCUCCGCCUGCCCCCGCUGCAAGUUCUUCUGCCGCGACACGCUGCUCGAGGACGAGCAGGACCUCCGCGCCCGCGACGAGGAGGAGCAAGCGCGGCGCGAGCUCUCCCUCGCGCACGGCGGCUGGGUGUGCGACUUUGCGCCGCCGCGCGUGCCGCCGAGCGUCGCCAAGCGGGUGCAGGAGUUUGUGCAGCUGCGGCCGGCCGUGCUGCACAGCGACGAGCUGAUCGACAAGAAGGACGCCCGCCAGGUCGUCUUCCUGCAGGGAGCGGUUCCUCUGCAGACCAAGCCGUGGCUCUUCGCUGCGCUCUGCGACCUGCUGCGCAAGUGCCCCGUCUGGUCCAUCAACCUCGGCGAGCUGCGCUUCUCCGAGGAGCAGUGCGUCCGCCUCGGCGCCACCCUCGCCGCCUCGGGCGUCACGCACAUGUUCUACGAGUGCACCGUCGCCGGCCGCUGGAAGGACGAGUUUCGCGGCACCCCUCUGCCGGAGCAGAGAGAAGCACGCAUCAUCCGCCGGAACCGAGAGAAGCACUCCCUGUGGCGCCUCUCUGCCGACUGCCGCCAGAACGUCGUCGUGCUCUCGGCGAUCAAGAACUGGUUCUGCCCCACGUCGCACGCGUGCAACAAGCGGUGGGUGCAGCGGAACCGCGACGGCUACACCGGCGUCGACCGGCUGCAAUGCGAGAGUUGCGGCGCGUGGAGGCGGCUGCCCCGCGGCGUGACGGCGUGGCGGCGCGAGUUCUACUGCCACUACAACACGUGGGACAAGUACAACUCCUGCUCCCUGCCCGAGGAGGACUGGAAGCGCGAGGAGCCCGCGACGGGCGACCGCCUCCGCCUGCUCGUCGACGGCCGCUGGCGGCGCGCGACGGUGCGGCGCAUGCCGACGGAGGCGCAGUGGGCGGGACACAAGCAGCGCCUGCAGCAGGAGGGCGAGGCUGGCGCUGCCGGAGGCGGCGCGAGGGAGGAGGAGGAGGCGGCGCCGCCGCGCGCAAAGCGCGCGCGCAAGCCGGUGGAGAUGUACAAGGCGGAGCCGUGCACCGCCCUCUCUCGCGCGCUGCGCGUGCAGAGCUGCGAGGACCAGAGCGAGCGCAAGCUCUACCGGAUGGUGGAG